AUGCGUUGGCGGCUCUUGGUAGUGCUGACGGAAGCGCAAUGGGAGUGGGAGUGGCCAGUGGAGGACUGGUAUCCUCAGUUAGUAGAUCCUGACGAAUUUGACGCUAUUUUGGAACCAUUUCCGGAGGGACCGGAUGAUGAGGGAAUCGACGUGGACAAUCCUGGCGCGCCCCCCUCGGACGUCGAUUGGCUCCCCCUCGGUCCGGGCCACUUGCCACUGGGCGAUCCGCGGGUACCGAUCGACGUAGACAUUCCACUCAUUCCAGACAUACGGAUCGAUGUUCGAGACACCUGGACCGAACCGGAAGAAGAUGAAGUGGAUGAAACGUCCAGCUGGCCGUCGCUGGACAUAACCGAUACGGAAGGACAAACCACGUGGUCGUGGGGCACUUAUUCCGGUCCUAUCGCACCUGACGAAAAAUCGCGACCCGCUCCGAAAAAAACAUCGGGAGAAACUGAGGAGGUAACAACGGAAGUGGUACCGACGGCAAAAGGAACAUCGGGAAUAACAAUAAAGGAUAAUUUGUCAUCCGGAAAGCAACUCACCACUAAUGGUAUACCAUCGUCAUCUAAUGCGAUGCAUACCAGUUUGACUGAUCCAGCUAUUGAACAAAUGACUCAACAAACGACCGCGGAUGAGAUGAGGAAAAUGCCCGUCUCCGAACCAAUCCGGACCACCACUACCCAACCCCCCUUCCCGACCAUUGUGGAGCGAACUCGCCCCGAAAAAAGUCUGGAACUUACGACUGGAUUCGUUUCCACCAGAUUCGGCUCUAUCGGAUCUGAUGCCAUCGGACCUUGGGAUUCAACCGCUAUCGAAACCACCACCGCUGAGUCAACUGCGGUGCCCGUUGUCACUUCAACCAAUCGCCACUCUGACUCCUCCUCAUACACAACUGCGCCCCUAUCAACGACAAGCGCACCCGCCACUGUCGACUUGUCUAACUCACCACCGGCUUCAACCUGGCCGCAAAAGGCGGUCGAGUCGACGACCCAAUCACCUGUUACCAGUUGGCCCAUCACCACUCAGUGGCCCACUGGCACUCACGAAUCUACUCCCGUCGGGUACACCACUAACUGGACAUCGUCAUUACCGACUGAUGUCUUCUCGUCGCUGGGUAGUUCUACGAAAACACCCUCGACUAGUAAAGCUUCAUUGCCACUGUUCGAUCACCAUACCUCAUCUAAUGUACCUCUAACGGAACAUACUCUGUCCCGCUCUACUCUGACCGAAUCCACCCUGACUGAGACCACGCUCACUACCCUACCUGAAUCUAAUCUGACUGAGGCUACUCUGCCUGAGGCUACUCUGCCUGAGGCUACUCUGCCUGAGGCUACUCUGCCGGAGGCUACUCUGCCUGAGGCUACUCUGACUGAGGCUACUCUGACUGAGGCUACUCUGACUGAGGCUACUCUGACUGAGGCUACUCUGACUGAGGCUACGCUGACUGAGGCUACUCUGACUGAGGCUACUCUGCCGGAGGCUAC